AUGAAUUCUGAUCUUGAACUUUUUCUCUAUCCAAAUGAAAAUGGUUACAUUGGAAAACUUACAUUAAAUAUAUCGAAUGAUAGUAAUAUUAAUGAAAAUCUUCUAUCUAAAUCAAAUGUUUCUACCAUUGUCAUUCUUGAUCGUUCUGGUUCUAUGGGUAAUUCUGUACCAAGAUUUGUCAAUAAAAUUUUACCGGAAAUUUUCAAAUCUUUAAAUUAUAAUGAUGCUGAUAUAAUUACAUUAAUUACAUUUGAUAGUAAUCCAAAUAAAUAUACAAUUCCAAUUAGACAAUUAACUAAUUUUAAUAUUAAAUGUCAAGGUCAAACAUUUAUGGCACCUGGUAUUACAAUGUUAACUAAUUUUAUACGAAAUGAAUUACCAAAAGAUUGUCAUGCUUUACGAUUAUUAACAAUAUCUGAUGGAGAAGUACAUGAUCAAAAUCAAGUACAAACAGUAGCAUCUCAAUUAACUUCAUUAAUUAAAAAUGAUUUUAUUAUUAAUUCACAAGCUAUUCGACUUUUUACUUCAUCAUCUCAACCAGAUACAAGAGCUGUUUCAAGUCUUUUACAAUUAAAUAAUACAACAAAUGUAAAUUUAUUAGAUUUAAAAACAAGUUUAACUGAUAUAGAAAUUUCAGUUACUAUAGCUAGUUUAUUUUCUAAUGAUUCAUUAAAUCGACAUGCUAUACUUAAAUCAAAAGAAACAAUUUUAAAAACUACUCCAUGGCAAACUUCUACAUAUGAUACAAUAUCAUUAUUUCCUGGUGAAAAUUUAUUUUGGUUAAGUAAAUUACCAACAACAACUUUAAAUGUUGGUAAAAAAAUAGUUAAAAUUCAUUUACAAGAACAAUUAACUGUAGAAACUUAUGAAAAUUUAUUAAAAACAAAAAUUGAUUAUUAUAUAAAUCAAUUAAAAAUUCUUAAAAUUGUUAAUACAGUUGAAUCACAAAUUGAAAUUAAUGAUAUAAUGAAUUAUUUUCAAAAUAUUGAAAAUUCAUUAUUAUCUAAUGAUAAUGAUAAUAAUAUAUUACUUAAUGAUUCAAGUUUACGUGCACGUUUACAAUAUUUAAAAAAUUCAAUUAUUCGUAAAAAAAAAUCAUCUGUUAUGAGAUUGUCUCAAAUAGCUAAUGAUGAUAAAGUUUCACAAUUAAAUUCUGCACAACAAGCUGAAUAUUUACGUUCUAUUGAUAAUACAUCAAAAAAUGCACGUGGUUUAGCACGACGUGCUGUUACACAAGGUUUAGAUUUUAAUGAAAUUCUUCGUAAACAAAUUCGAAUAAUGUCUGAACAUAUUCAUGAAUUAAAUGAUAUUGAUGAUAAUGAUCAUUUAGUAUCAUUCUUUUCUCAAGAUACUACACUUGGUGGAAUACGUGCUGUAUGUCAAUUAGUUACUGAUGAUAUAUUAGAUGAUGUUAAUGCUAAUGAUAUUUUACGUAUGAUAAAUAUAGUAGGAAUUGCUUGUUCAGGUCCAAUCGGUGAAUUUCCUGAUCCAAUGACAUGGCGUGUUAAUGAAUUAUAUUUAGGUUGUUAUGUUAGUUUAUCAGAUAUUUUAACAGCUUUUAUGCAAUCAAAAGGUCAACCAUUACAAACACCAGCUACAAAUAAAAUUAUUACAAAUGUUAUUCCUAUUAUUGAAAAUGAACGUAUUGCAAAAUUUUUACAAAAAUAUGCUCCAUCAUUAUUAGAAUAUACAUGUUCAAUUGGUAUGAGACGUUUAUUAGCAGAUGUUCCAAUGACUAGUGGUUAUACAAUUUGUGCAGGUGUUUGGAAAUUAGUUGAAGAUUUAAAUGUAAAUAAAUCAGAAUUACAUUUAAAAACUUUUGAUCAACUCGUAAAAACUUAUGAAAUUGUUGUUGGAAAUUAUUUUCAACAUAUUAUGCCAUAUAUUAAAGAACAAGAUGAUCGAUUUUCUUAUUAUAUUGCAAAUAAUGGAACAACAAAUAUGAUUAGUCCAUUUAUUAAAUUAUAUCGUGAAAAUGAUAUUAAAAAAUUACAACAAAUACCGAAAAUUUUACGUGCUUUAUAUACAUAUGAAAUUUGGCAAGCUAUUCGAAAACAAUAUAAAAAUCGUGAUGAUUCUGAUAUAAUUGCACAAAAAAUGCUUGAUCAAUUAGUUGGACUUGAUUUAAAUAAAUAUAAAACUUUAGUACAACCAUUAUUUGAAAAUGAACCAUUAUUAAAUGAAAUUAAAUUUCAUGAUCAAAUACAUAUUGAUGAAUUAUAUUUAGAUGAAUUAUUUAAAACAAUUUAUUAUGUUGAUUAUAUUACUUUAUUACCAAAAUAUAUUUCUGAUGUAAUUAAUAAUAAUACAAAUAAUAUUAAAGAUAUUUCUUCUAUUAAUGAAAAUUCAAUUUGUCAAGAAUUAAAUAUAAAUUAUGAUUUAAAAACUUUUAAAUUUUAUAAUAUUAUUCAAGCACUUCUAUAUACUAGUAAAGCUAGUCGUGUUGAUAGUGAUAAUGAAAAAAUGAAAAUUAUUGAUUUAAUAGAUGAAAAAGCAGCAAAAAAUAUGGUACAAGAUUAUAUUCGUAAACGAUUUGAAAAUCAAUAUUCUACUGAUUUAGCAAUAAAAGGACGUUCAGAACGUACAGAAUUAGUUGGUAUAUUAGUACAAUCAAUUCUACAAUCACAUGAUCAUAAUGAAAUGAUUAAAUUAAUGCGAGAAGGUUUAACACGUGGAAAAAUUCAAUUAUCAAUAACAAAUUCAUCAAGUUUAGGAUUUAUAGAAUUAAAAGAUAAAUUAUUAAAUUUAAAUGAAAAAAUUCCUCGACGUUUAGAUAUUAUUAAAGUAUUUUUAUUAGGACGAGAUUAUAAAAAUAAUGAUGAACCUGUUUGGAAUAAUGGAAAUGUUUUAUUUACAUCGAAUUUUAAUGAUUUUGAACAAAUUUUUAUUACAUUAGGUUAUGUUAAUGAAUGGGAAAAAAUUAAAACAGAAUAUUUCAAACGUAAUUUACAUAUUUAUCGUGAUGGAUUUAAUCGUCAUGGACAUGGUAAUACAAAACCUUCAUAUUGGGCAUAUGGAUUUAUGACAUUACAAUUAUAUAAAGAUCAUGUUUCAGCUGAAAUUUUUAAAGAAUAUUGUGAAAUUCAUCAUGAUUGUUGUGGAGUAUCACAAAUUCUCGGUCUAUUGAACUAA